AUGCAGACUGAUUCUACAAACAUUUGUGAAAGAAUAGCUGCAAUAAGUCCAUCUGUGAAAUUUCCUUGCUGCUAAAUAUUCCACGGUCAACUGUUAGUAGUAUUAUAACAAAGUGGAAGCAACUGGGAACAACAGCAACUCAGCCAUGAAGUGGUAGGCCACGUAAAAUGACAGAGCAGGGUCAGAGCAUGCUGAAGCACACAGCGAGCAGAAGUCACCAACUGUCUGCAGAGUCAAUAGCUAAAGACUUCCAAAUUGCAUGUGGCCUUCAGAUUAGCACAACAACAGUGCAUAGAGAGCUUCAUGGAAUGGGUUUCCAUGGCCGAGCAGCUGCAUCCAAG